AUGUUGAGUUCUGGGAGUAACUUAAACAGCAGCAGCACGAGUGUGAUAACUUCAUCGGAUAUGCCGCCGUUACCCCAAUGUUUGCCGCUAGAUUCAAUCACUAUAGGAAAUAAGAAAUAUACGGGAGAGCUAAAGAGGGUUCUGGAUGUUUCUGCUGGAAACAGUUCCGAAGAUUUUGGAGUUUCGCACGCCAAAUUAAUUGGCCCAGGAGCCUUCGGGGAGUUCAAGAAGUUAAAAGAAAGUGUUCAAGAUGGCUCCAGAAAGGCUAGGGAUAGAUCAAAAAUGUUUCGGGAAUCUAUAUCUAAAUUGGAUAGGUAUAGGGAGUCCUUAAACUCAAAGAAACGGGAAAGGAGUGAUUUAUCAAGUGAAAGGGGAAGUGGAGUUAACUUAACAAAGAUGGGUAGCCAGAUUCACAAAAUCUCGGAUGAUAAUAUGACUCAGAGAGAAGUCAAGACCUCAAAUACAAUGCUGAACAAGCGCACUCGUACGUUAGUGGCAGACACACGGGAGGACAAUAGGCCUGCUUCUAUUGGAAGACAGCAGAUGAUCACCGAGAAUGGAAAUCUGAUUCAGACACUUGGCGGGGGCUCUAUUCGAAAUGAAGAGAAAACUCGCAGAUUACUUGCCGGAGGCGAGGGAUUAGAUCAAAAAAUAAAGAGGAAGAGGUCUGUCGGAACAGUAGGUAACAGAGUUAUAACCGGUGAAAGGGAUGUAAAACGAGCCACUCUUCCAAAGGGAAAUACUGAUUUGAAGUUGCGAUUUAGUGAUGCUCAGGGUUUCAGAUUGAAGUCACUUCCUGAAUCUAGUGGAAUCAACAAGUCUGAGGGUUCUUCAGAGCAUAAUAAUACAGGUGUACGUGUGAUGCUUACAGGCGAGCUAGGGGUUUCUCCUCACAGGGACCACAUAGCUGACCAAAGAGUUGUAGGAAAAGGAAACAACAGAGCAAAUAUUCAAGAGGACCCAGCAAGCAGCCCUAACUCAGCAAUUAAAAACAAGGUAUCUCGAGCACCAAGAACGGGUUCAGUUAGUGCGCUAGAGUUGUCUAAUAUUCAGUCUCCAGCUGGAAGUUUUCCAGGUUCUUCUAUACAUCCAAUGACCCAGUGGGGUGGACAGAGACCACCUAAAAAUUCACGCUCUCGAAGAGUGAAAGUAGUUUCUCCUGCCUCGCGCAACCUUGAAGUUCAGGUCUCAUCUGAAGGCUGUCUAACUUCUGAUUUCAAUGUUAAAGCUUCUUCUGUUGGCAACAAUGGGUUCAAACUGGCUAGCAGUGUAGACAACAGUACACCAAAAUAUAAAAGGCCACCUGAUGAUAUUUCGUCUCCCUUUGGUUUAUCUGAAAGUGAAGAAUCUGGUGGAGGGGAAAACAAAAUAAAAGAGAAAGGAGUCAAUGGUAGCGACUUUGCUAUGGCUGCAAAUAGGGAGGGAGCUCCUAUGUUGCAAACAAGAAAGAAUAAAAUACCAAUAGAUGAAUCAGGAGAUGGUGUGCAGAGACUAGGGAGAAUUGGAAGGAAUUUAUCGGCAAUAAGAGAAGGCCUUCCAUUGGGGAGGGAGAAGCCUGAGAAUGUACCUAUACUGAAGCCAGUACAGGACAAGAAGGCCAUUGAUAAGAAUAAAACCAAAAAUGGGCGCCCUCCUUCAAAAAAGCAGAAAGAACGCAAAGUUUUGACUCGUGUAGGGAAGCAACUGAACAUUGGUUCUUCUGAUUUUGGAGGUGAAUCUGAUGAUGAUUGCGAAGAGUUGUAUAAAGCUGCUAAUGCUGCUUCUAAUGCCAGCAGUCUUGCUUCAGGUCCAUUUUGGAGUAAAAUGGAGUAUAUUUUUGCUUCCGUCAGCUUGGAUGACGCAUCUUUUGUGAAACAACAGCUCAAUAUUGCUGAAGAUUUGGAAAAAAGUUUAUCCCAUAUGUUUGCCAUUGAUCAUGAUAUGCUGGGUGUUGUUAUUAAUAAGAAAACUACUCAAGGUUCAGAGGAUAAAAGGAGAAGCCACUGUGAUGAAGAAUCAACCAAGUUUGAGGUUGUAGGUGGGAGAAAUGACAUGGAAAGAAUGGACAAGGUUACCCCAUUAUUCCAAAGACUUCUUUGUGCUCUAAUUGAAGAAGACGAAAAUGAAGAAUUGUACCCCCAAAGCGAAGCAAAGAAUAUAUCUAGACAGUGUGCGAGCGAUGAUUCUCACUGCGGUUCUUGUAAUCAAGUUGAUUUUGAACCCAAAAACAGGGAUAGAACGGAAUCUGAAGUUGAAUCGCAGGUGGAUUUUCAAAUUCAGAAGAAUUGCAUAGUGGACAGACUAUCUUGUAAUAAGAGUACCACAUCCAACACAUUUAGAUACCCGAACACACCCAGUUCAUUACAAAGCACGGGAGUUUGGCAGGGAGAUGAAGAAUUUUCCCUUUCUGAUAUUACUCACACCGGUGAAAUAUGUUCAAAUGAUCUGGAUCAGCUUCAGCCUGAAUUAAGUAAUCCUAGCUUUCCUUCUCCUGAUUGUGAGUAUCAGCUGAUGUCUCUGGAUGACAGGCUGCUGCUUGAGCUGCAGAGCAUUGGAAUAUAUCCAGAGAUAUUGCCUGAUUUAGCUGAUGAAGAUGAAGCUAUAAUUCAAGACAUUGUGAAACUUGAGAAAGCUCUAUAUGAACAGAAUGGAAGGAAGAAGAGCAACUUGGACCCAAUUGGUAAAGCUAUUCUAAAAGGGAAAGACAUGGAAAAACGGAGCAUUGAGCAAGCUGCAUUUGACCAACUUACUGAAAUGGCUUACAGAAAGAGAUUGGCAUGCCGUGGAAGUAGAAAUUCAAAAAGUGCUGUUCAGAAGGUUCCAAAACAAGUUGCUCUAGCUUUUCUGAAACGCACUCUUGGAAGAUGCAGAAGUUAUGAAGAAACUGGCGUUGGCUGCUUUAGUGAACCUUCUCUGCAAAAUAUUUUGUUUUCCCCUCGUUCAUCUGAGAAUAGUGCACAACCUGCAGAUUGCAUUGUCUCUGGCACAGCCAGUAAUACAUGUAACAAAGCUUUGUAUCAAAUUAAAGCCAGAAAAUUAGAACAAGUGUCAUCCAUGAAUGGGUCAGUGACGAUCAAGGAGAAGAAAAGAGCAAUGCUGGUCAAUGGCUCUUCAAGAACAUCAAAUCUUGCUGGUGCUGUUCAUGGUGGAGUGAAGGGAAAGAGAAGUGAGAGGGAUAGAAAUCAGAUCCGGGACCAGACCAGAAAAAAUUCUAAUUCCCGGGCUGGUUACAUGUCAUUGGACAGUGUCCAAAAUGAAAACAAACCAAAAGUUAAGCCCAAGACAAAUAGUACUUUUGGUGGACAUUUACCGAUUUGUGAUUCUAGUCUAUCUGUGGUGGCUAAUGCAAGCACCAAUGGUAACGAAGAUGUGGCAGCAUUAUCUGGUAACCAGAUUACUUCUCAAGCAAAGGAAUCCUCUGACUUGGGCACUUUACCGUUACACGAUUUAGGUUCAAUAGACGAAUUUGGUGUAUCUGGUGAACUUGAUGGACCAGAAGAUCUUGGCUCUUGGUUGAACUUUGAUGAUGAUGGUUUGCAAGAACAUGAUUGUAUUAUGGGUCUUGAAAUUCCAAUGGAUGACCUAUCAGAUUUGAAUAUGCUUAUGUGA